AUGACGAAGAUCGCUUGGACAUACGACAUGGUGGAGCCGAUGUGGUACCUAUACGUGAGCGUGGUGAAGGCUCGCGACCUGCCCACCAUGGACAUCACCGGCGCGCUGGACCCGUACGUAGAGGUGAAGCUGGGCAACUUCAAGGGUGUGACGAGGCACCUGGUGAAGAACCCCAACCCGGUGUGGCGGCAGACGUUCGCCUUCUCCCGUGACCACCUCCAGUCCAACCAGCUAGAGGUGGUGGUCAAGGCGCACAAGGACGUGCUGUGCGACGACUUGGUCGGCCGCGUCCUCUUUGACAUUGCCGGCGUCCCCAGCCGCCUCCCGCGCGACAGCCCACCUGUCGCGCCGCAGUGGUACUGCCUCUCCGACGCCCACGGCAACAAGCUGCGACACGGCGAGAUCAUGCUCGCCGUCUGGGAUGGCAGCCAGGCCGACGAGUCCUUCCCGGAGGCAUGCCACUCUGACGCGCACUCGCUGCGCUCCCAGACCAGCACGCGCCCCAGGGUGUACUACUCACCCAAGCUCAACUACCUCAAGGUCUCCAUCAUUGAGGCACAGGACCUGCAGCCGAAGAAGAAGAAGAAGGGCCAGCCUCUCGCACCCACCAUCGCCAAGAUACAGAUGGGAAGCCAGGUCCGGCGGACGAGGCCGCAGGGGUCGUCCAACCCGAAAUGGAACGAGGAGUUCAUGUUGGUAGCCAGCGAGCCGUUCGAGGACCCGCUGGUGGUGACAGUAGUGGAGGAUCGCGGUCGCGACGACGACCCCGUGGGCCGCGUGAUCAUCCCCGUGGCGACCCCCUAUGUGCCACGCAACGACCUGGCCAAGCCGGUGCCGUCCAAGUGGUUCUACCUGGCGCGCGAGAUGACCCUAGACAAGGCAGCGGCGGAUGUCACCACGGGCGUCAAGAACAAGGAAUCUUCAAAGACGUUCGCCAGCAAGAUCCACCUCAGAAUGAGCCUUGAGACGGCGUACCACGUGUUGGACGAGUCGACGCACUACAGCAGCGACCUCCAGCCGGCAGCGAAUAAGCUCCGGAAGAGCGCCAUUGGCAUCCUAGAGGUGGGCAUCCUGAGCGCGCGCAACCUAGCAGCAGGCGUGAAGAACCCUUACUGCGUCGCCAAGUAUGGCGCCAAGUGGGUGCGCACGCGCACGCUGCUCAACGACACGGCGGCGCCGCAGUGGAACGAGCAGUGCAUCUGGGAAGUGUUCGACCUCAGUACCGUCAUCACCGUCGCAGUCUUGGACAACCUGCACAUCUCCUCCCACGGUGACGCCAAGGACGACCAGAGGAUCGGCAAGGUGCGCGUCCGCCUCGCUACGUUGGAGCUGGACCGCACGUACACACACUACCACCCGCUCAUGGUGCUCAGCCCGUCGGGGCUGAAGAAGACGGGAGAGCUCCAACUGGCUGUCCGGUUCACCUGCACGGCGUGGGCAGACAUGUUGGCGCAGUACGGCCGUCCCCUCCUCCCGAAGAUGCACUACACGAACCCCAUCUCCGUUCUGCAGCUGGACUACCUCCGGUUCCAGGCGAUGCAGAUGGUGGCGACGCGGCUGAGCAGAGCGGAGCCGCCGCUGAGGAGGGAGGUGGUGGAGUACAUGCUGGACGUGGACUCUCACAUGUUCAGCCUGCGUCGGAGCAAGGCCAACUUCUACCGGAUCACCUUGAUCUUCUCCGGCGCCGACGCAGUCGUCGGGAAUUGGUUGGACGGCAUCUGCCAGUGGAAGAACCCGCUGACGACAAUCCUCGUGCACCUUCUGGUCCUGAUCCUCAUCUGCUACCCGGAACUGAUCCUGCCGACCGUGCUGCUAUACCUGUUCAUGAUCGGGGCGUGGAACUACAGGCGGCGGGAGCGGAAGCCGCAGCACAUGGACACGGUGUUGUCGGAUGCGCACCCGGACGAGCUGGACGAGGAGUUUGACACCUUCCCGACAUCCAAGCCGGGGGACAUCGUGCGGAUGAGGUAUGACCGGCUGAGGAGCAUCGCUGGCAGGGUGCAGACGGUGGUCGGCGAUCUGGCUACGCAGGGGGAACGCGCGCAGUCGCUGCUCAGCUGGCGUGACCCCAGGGCGACGGCGAUAUUCAUCACGCUCUCCCUCUUUGCGGCCAUUGUACUCUACGUGACGCCCUUCCAGGUGGUGGCCACCUUCGCUGGUUUCUACCUCCUCCGGCACCCGCGGUUAAGGAGCAAGCAGCCGUCCAUGCCCUUCAACUUCUACAAACGCCUACCAGCCAAGGGCGACACGCUCCUAUGA